AUGAGUGAAGGGAAUUCAAGCACAGAUGCGGGAAUGCCAGACUCGGAGCAUUUCUCUCCGUAUAGGGCGGAUGGAAAACUUUAUGGAUUCGUGUGCGUAGUCACCGGCGCAACACAGCCCGUAGGCAAAGCCAUAGUCGCAGAAUUGGCCGCCCACGGCGCAGCCUGCAUCUACGCCUGCACCUCUCUCAACGCCUCCCCCGACCCCGAUCUCUCCACCACAACAGCCGCACACCCCAACACGAAAAUCAUAAGUUACCCAUACAACACGGCGUCGGAAGAAGCCACGCUCGCCCUCAUCGACGACAUCCUAAACACAUGGGGCCGGCUCGACGUCUGGACCUCUUCGACAGGCCUGCUGGGCCCGCCAUCGAUUACGCAAACAGGGCCGAAAGAUCUCUACGCUGCCUUUGAUACCAACGCCGUGCCUGCGUUUUUCGCGCUGAAAUACGCUCCGGCGGCAAUGCAGAAAACUACGCCAAAGGGUAACUAUGCGAAUGCUGCGCCCAAGGAUGUUGCGUACGGGUCCAUCAUCGUGGUGACGAGUGUCGCGGGCACGUAUGGCGGGUGCUGGGCGCCAGCUUUUACUAUGGCGUCGCAUGCGGCGCUGGGCGUGGUGCGGUCGGGCGUGCUUGUGCUCAAGGGGACGGGCGUGCGCAUCAAUGCGAUUACAGCGGGCCAGAUUGAUGUGGGCGUGGAUCUGAAGGAGUGUGGCGUCAAGGAGAUGGCGCAGGGCCAGUUUCCGCCCGCGAGUCUGCAGGCGGCUGAGGUGCAGAAGCGGACGAUUGGGCUGGAGAGGGCGGGCAGGCCUGAGGAAGUGGGUAGGGCAGUCGGGUUCCUGGCAAGCGGGUUUAGCAGCUAUAUUACUGGGGCUGAGUUGAGGGUCGAUGGGGGCGCGGGCGUCAUGAAUCCUAUUACGGUGCCUGUGUAG